GAGCAGUGCAAAGGCCUACCUCUGGUAACACCGUCAGAUAUGGACGGCCGUUUUUACCAGACGGUCACAGCCGUGCCGGCCAUCGUACUAGAAGACAGUCCCAAAUCGGCAGAAGUCAAGCGAAUUAACAACAAUACGGCCUCCGUUGGUCUUACCGGUGACGCAACGGCACGACCAAACUACAAAAGUCACACGGAUUUCUCGAAUCCGUAAAUCUAUAAUUCCUGCGUACAACUGUAUGAUUAGUCUUCCGCCGAGAAUUGGAUAAAUUAUGAGAAGCCACUGAACCAUGGCUUUCACUCUUUAAUUAAGUUUUUUAGUUUUUCUUUUCACUCAGAUUAUCUUAAUGCAUCUUCGUGACCUAUUCAUGUCCACGACCUUGUCAUCAGAAAAUAGCUGAUCACUUGGGGCAGAAAGAUGGGCAAGCGGCUGGAGGUGUUGCGACGGAGCGAAUCGCGUGACUCACUGGAUAGCCUGUCGUCGAGGGACAGCGCAUCGACCACGACGGCCAAAAACCACUCCACCUGGUCGCUCGGCCAGUCCAACGAGAAGUCGUCCACCCUUAAGGGUUUCUUCAACCGCAUCGGGUCCACCGGCAUGCUUAGCUAUUCGCGAUUGUACAGCAACAGCUUCCGCGACAAACUUCAGCAGUCGAGGAAGCCGCCCGACGACUGUCAGCUAUACAGGAGCGUGUCCACUUCGCACCUGGCCGCGUCCUACAUGAAAGGCGAAGACCCCGCCGACUGCCUGGACCAUCGCGCCGACCCGCGGACCGUCGGCGACAACCACGACAAAUGUGAGCUGACCGAAUCGCCCACCGAACCCGGUUACGUGCCUCUCAAGACGCGUAGCUGCGAUAACAUAUCCAAACUGGGCACGUCCAAAAAACCCAAUUUUCCUUACGCGUUCCUCAGGUCUCGGUUGUCGGUGCUGCCCGAAGAAAACGGCGGCAGCGUCAUCAGCCACUUGGCCCGGGCCAGCGUCAAACAGCGCAGCGGGCCGGCGCUCGAGAACCACGAGAUAGUAGUCACCGAAGAACUGUUCAAAGAGAUGGACAACGACCGGGAGUACCGGCGGGUGUUUAGUAACUUGAGUUCUUCAAACGAAUCCGGGUACGACAGCGACGGACCACGUACGCUGGAAGCGCCCUACCAUCACCACCAUCAUCAGAAAGCCGCGGACGAAGACAGCGGGUUCGGCGACACCAAGUCGCUGGCCACGGACAGUCUCAACGAUUUCGAGGAACACGCCGAGCCGGCGCCCACUUCUCGACGGCACAGCGACAAAGACUAUAACGUGCCGUCGAUGUGUCUGUUUUACAAGAAGAACCGGGAGAUUAACGACCGCAUUCGGUCAGAUGGUCCGUCCAAGGAGACUCCCAACUUCAAUAGGCGAAUGUUCGUCAAAAACCGAUCGUCGCCGUCGUCCAACGCCGACGGCAACGACAUGUCCUCGCUGCCGGCCGAUCUCAACAACUUGCGGUCCCGCAUCCAGGUGGUCCGAUUGCUGAAAGCCAGGUACGACGACGACAUUGGGAUCUACCUGAAAAUGGUCGUCAAACACGUGGUCAGCUACAGUGAGACCAGGUUCUUUGUCGUCAAGUUGGAACCCGGCAAACUGGCCGACAGAGACGGCCGGAUAAGCGUCAACGACGAGCUAAUCAACGUCAACGGCCGGCUGUUGCGAGGAAUAGCCGACAUGUGCGAAGUAGAGAAAAUCCUUAACCACAGCUUACCAGCGGCCGACAAGUAUUACGUCGACAUAGUCGUGUCCAGGUCGAACGAACCACAGCUCUCGCACCAUAAACGGCCGUCGGCCGACUUUGGCGUCUAUGACCCCAAGCAGAACGCCGUGUCCGUCAUCAACCGAGUGUUGGCCAGCAAAAUGAACUGUUCGAAAUCGUUACCACCGCCACCGGCCAUGAGCACCUCUUAUGCGUCUGUCACGUUCUACAAAGGCGCCGGACACAAGUCGCUGGGUUUCAGCAUUGUGGGUGGAUCCGAUUCUCCCAAAGGCGAAAUGGGCAUUUUCGUCAAGACCAUUUUCACCAGCGGACAGGCUGCCGAAAACGGUUCUUUAAUAGAAGGCGACGAGAUACUGCGGGUGAACGAAGAAUCGGUUGGCGGUAUGACACACGCCCAGGCCAUAAACUGUUUCAAAAAAGUGCGCCAAGGCCCGGUUGAAAUAAAAAUAUGCCGAAGAAAGCUGGUUCCUGGCACAAACCCCAAUGUCAUCGACGACAACCUGUCGCAAACUUUUUAACUAAACCGUCGCCUGUUCUCACACACAAAGAGUCUUACUCUUCAUUGUUUUUUUAAUGCAGUUUGUACAUUAUAAAGAUUAGCAUUUAAUUACUAUUACUGUUAUACUGUCGCCUAAGCGAUAUACCUGUACAACGCGUUAAUUGGUUAGAAAGUCAAUGUAUUUUGAUAAUAACAUAACUAAAUAGCUCGAAUUGAUGAGCAUAUUUUAUUGACUUACUUUAUAUUGAUCGAUACUCACUAUCAACUCACUACGAAAAAAAUGUAUUAUAAUAUGCAUUUAAAUUUGAGUCUUAAAAUUUUUUUUUUGCAUACAUUGACUUCAAAUACUUAACACGCUGCUUAUAUGAUUACUAUAUGUAGUAUUGUGUAUAUUGUGUGUACUAAUUAUACUCGCUUGUGUUUCAUCAAAUAUUGUUAUUACCGCUAAUCGGAUCAGUUGUAUGAUUUGACGUCGGUACCAUGAAUUUUUUUUUAUAGUGUAAAGUUAUUAAUUUUUUUUUUAAUACUUAGUCAACUUAGUAUUAUCGCGUCCUUUUUUUUUUUAAUUUUACAACAAUAAAUAUAGCACCAACAUUUUUUUGUAAAUAAUCGUUUUAAACUAUUUACACCAACCUCGACCUUUUUAGAUCAAACUAAUUGUAUUUGAACUCGGAUAUUCGAUAGUUAAUUUAACUCAACAGCAAAAUCGUUAUUAGUAUUAUAUAAAUAUUAUGAGUUAGGUGUAGUAGGUAAUUUGUUGGAUACAUAAAUAACUCAAACAUCAUAAUAAAACUAUCCCGACCGCCGUUAAUUUGUACAUAAUGCGUUCAUUGUAUUUUUACCGGUCAAGAAUUUCACACGUUUUAUACGUUGUAAUACAUGCAUAUUUUACAUAAGUUAUCAGAGAACGCCGGAAGUAAAGUAUGACUAUUACAGCCGUUACAGGACUCAGAUAGAGUUUUUUUAAAAAUACAUAAGCUAUUGUCUGCCUGAAAAUUAAUAAUACUACUAGGUAAGAGGAACAAAUAUUAACAUUAGGAAAAUAUGUUAGUUUUUAUUACGGUAUCUGUAUUGUUUGGUACCUGUAUGAAUAAAACCAAUUACUGACAAGCUUUAAUAGUACGACACUUACAAAUGCUUUACGCCUUAAAUGCUGCUUCCAAACAUACACUGAAGAAAUAGUAUUAGGAUUAGAAUAGUAGUAGGAUUUGUACCUAUAUUAUAUUUAGGCGCAAUAGUCGAGUUACAAUAAUAUAUUCGAUUUUAAAUAAAA